AAGUGACGCUACAGGAAGGGGCUGCUCCGGGCAGCGCCAUGGCCCGAGAGGCGGCUGGGAAACCGCCUGAGGAAAUCUUGUUGGACUGGAAACGGGAGCAAGCCUCGUUGAAGGCCCGUGUUGUGGACCAGGACACGGAGGCUUGGCAACUGGACCCCGCCUUCUCAGGCCUGCAGAGGGUCGGGGGCGUGGACGUGUCUUUUGUGAAGGACGACAGUGGCAGCGCCUGCGCCUCCCUGGUGGUGCUCAACUACCCAGAGCUUGAGGUGCUGUAUGAGGACUGCCGAAUGGUGACCCUGACGGCCCCCUACGUUUCGGGCUUCCUGGCCUUCCGAGAGGUGUCUUUCCUGGUGGACGCGGUACAGCGGCUUCAGGAGAGGGAACCCUGCCUCAUGCCCCAGGUCCUUUUCGUGGAUGGAAAUGGGGUGCUGCACCACCGAGGUUUUGGGGUGGCCUGCCACCUUGGUGUCCUCACAGACCUGCCUUGUAUCGGGGUGGCCAAGAAACUCCUGCAGGUGGACGGGCUCAAGAACAACGCUCUGCACAAGGAGAAGAUACAGCUCCUAAAGGCUGGAGGAGACUCAUUUCCUCUGAUGGGAAGCUCUGGGACUGUCCUGGGCAGGGCCCUGAGGAGCCACGACCACAGCACCAAGCCCCUCUAUGUCUCUGUGGGCCACAAGAUAAGCCUGGAGGCAGCUGUGCGCCUGACCCACAGCUGCUGCAAGUUUCGGGUCCCGGAGCCCGUGCGCCAGGCUGACAUCCGCUCCCGAGACUACAUCCGCAGGACCCAGGAAGUCCAAGGGGCCCCUGACCCGCAGUCGGGGAGGAGCAAGGAGGCACAAAGGCCAAAAGCGUGCCCCCAAGGAGUCUCAGAAGAGCCUGCAGUGCCCAGGUAGGCUUAUGGCUGCCAGACUAUGCAUACAUCCACACCUUCUCCUGGCCCAUCUGCUCCUCUGAGUGCACGUGCUGCUUUCGCUUCAUGAUCAUUUAUAAACCAGGACCCAGCUUCCUACUGACCUGAGCCACUCCUGCUUUGCCCGGAAAGGAUCUAAACUGGGGUGGCUGCUGUUGGGCUUGGCCCCUGGCUGCUCUGCCAGUCUCCAGCCUGUCUGCUUCUGGCACAUGCAGGGCCAGGAGGAGGGCAGAAGAGCUGCAUCUUAGCCUGGAAGAGGCUGAGCUUGGAAGGGACAUACAGGGACAGUUUAGGCUGAAGGGGUAUGAUGCCAGGCAGAGGGCUGGCACUGGUGCCAGAAGGGGUGGGUGUUGACGUCUGUUGUCCUGGCCAGGGUCUGUGAGGGUGGGUAGCUCAAGUGUUGCAUUCAAGUGCCAAUAGUUCUCCCCCAUCCCUGCAACCUGAUGCACUCCGCCCUGCCAGCCUCUUCACCCAGAGGCCCAAUCUCAAAAGGCAUCUCCACCUUGGGAAGCAGCUCUGCCUCAUCCCUGACUCUGGCCCCUGCCCGGCCACACCCCUCAGUGUGAGCUAAAUCCCAGGAAGGCACACAGCUCCACCCACAGCCCCCAGUCCUCCACCUGCCAGCUCACCUCCGGGACCCCAGGUUCCCUAAGAACUCUGGGGUCUUUGCCGAUAAAUGUGAAGAAUCUUUGAAGGCCUUUCUUGCCAUUUAUGCUGCCUCUCGAGAAGGAGCUGCUUGUCAUGGUUUGACAGCCUGGCAGAGAAACCCAGGGAAGCCCCAGGUCUUAGCACUCCCUCCGUUCUCUGCUCUGGUGUCUCUCCUUUCAUUCAUGAUGAGAAAGGAGCUCUCCUCCAGGCCUGCGCUCCUGGGAGAAGCAAAGGGGACAAAUGAGCAAGGCAUCCAGCUGUUUGGGGCUUGCAGGGUGCUGUCCCCCUUCUGCUUAACCUCUGUUCUUGAAGCCCUGUAUAAGGCAUUGUUAGGACAUUACAGUAGGAAACAGGACCAUUCCAGGGUGGGGGGCUUUGGGAUACAGAGGACCUCCUGGGGUCAAUUGGGCUGCUGGGUGCCACUCACAUGCUUAUGGGCUCCACCCAAAGGCCUGCUGGGCUCAGCAGCUUCUGGCAUGUUCCACAGGCACCUCCAAGGGGACUUCUGCAGGCGGGAAGGCCUGUCCCAGGUUCUGAUCUCCAGUCCUCCCCAGAUGUCCACACUGGCACGUCUUUCUUCUCACCUCUGCUUCCACUGUCCACCCAGUCCUGGGACUGAAAAAAAAUACCUGCUCAUCACAGCCAGGGGUGUACAGGGAGCCCCACCUCACCCCACCCUCCCUAGCAGCCUCUGGGCCAUCUGCCCACUCACUCCAGGCCCUGGGAUGUUGUGGCUUUGGAACCUGCACCUCAGUACCUGUGACUUCUGACUCCUUUGUGCCAGCAGUGCCUCUCCUGCCUCGGGUUUGUGUCCUGCUCAGAUCCUUGCAAGGAGCCGAGCAUUUGUUUGAUCCAGUUGGGGGACUGAGUGUGAGGAUACACGUGGAGUCCAUGCCGGCAGGGGCACAGUCAUUUCCUAGUGAAUGAAGAAUGGGGGUACAGCACCAGCCAGGCUCCACACGGAGGCAUUAGUGGUCAGAGGCAGGGACAGCCUGGGAUCAACCAGGGAUCAAACCCACAGCCCCUGUGUUGGAACGCAGAGUCUUAACCACUGAACUGCCAGGGAAGUCACCUUUCAUUUUCUUGAUUGCAUCCUUUGAGUGAAGGUUUUAAAAUUUGAUGAAGUUCAGUUUAUCUAUUUUUCAUUUGUUGCUUGUGCUUUGGUGUCAUAACAAAGAAACCAUUGCCUAAUCUGAUGUCACAAAAAUUUCCUCCAAGAGUUUUGUAGUUUCAACUCUUACAUUUAGAUCUUUGACCCAUUGUGAGAUAAUGUUUGCAUAUGGAUAUUUUGGUCUUUUGUAAUUCCAUAUGAAUUUUAGAACCAGUUUGUCCAUUUCUACUCCCCCAAAAAAGCAGUUAGAAUUUUGAUAGUGAUCGCACUGAUCAAUUUGGAGAGCACUGCUAUCUUAACAGUAUUACCUCUUCCAGUCACUGAACUCAGGGUCUUUUCACUUAUUUAUAUCUUCUUUAAUUACUUUUAACAGUGUUUUGUGAUUUUCCUUUACAUGUCUUAUCCUUCCUUUGGUAAAAUUUAUUACUAAGUAUUUUAUUGUUUUUGAUGCUACUGUUUUAUUUUUGAAUUGCCCAUUGCAAGUAUAUAAAAAUACAACUAUUUUUGUAUCUU